GUGACCGCGGGCGCCCCGGAAGUAGCUCUCGCUGUUUUCUUGCGGUGCGGAUCGGCGGAGCUGCUUUCUACCCCCCGACCUCCUCCCCGACCUGCGCUUUGUUACCGGGCUGCCGGGCUUGACCGGGCGCCUGUGUCUCACCCUCCGGGCGGCUUCACACUCCCCGGCCUGUAGCCGGGACUGCUCCUCGACAUGGCGGCUGGAGGCGGCGCGGCUCCUCCGCAUGUUGGUGAUGUUGAAGAGGACGCUUCUCAGCUGCUCUUUCCUAAAGAGUUCGAGAACGCGGAGACGCUACUGAACUCCGAGGUCCACAUGUUGCUGGAGCACAGGAAGCAGCAGAACGAGAGCGCCGAGGACGAGCAGGAGCUGUCCGAGGUCUUCAUGAAGACCCUCAACUACACGGCCCGCUUCAGCCGCUUCAAGAACCGCGAGACCAUCACGGCCGUGCGCAGCCUCCUGCUGCAGAAGAAGCUCCACAAGUUCGAGCUCGCCAGUUUGGCCAACCUGUGUCCAGAAGCCGCCGAGGAGGCCAAAGCCCUGAUCCCCAGCUUGGAGGGUCGCUUCGAGGACGAGGAGCUGCAGCAGAUCCUCGAUGACAUCCAGACCAAGAGAAGCUUCCAGUACUGAGACCUCAGCCCCCCCUACAGCCCCGCCCCCGGACUGAUGUGGUCGAUCUGCUGUCCUGAUAAAACUUUAAAAACACUUUACUCAUUGUUUUCAUGCUCAGUUCAGCUUUAUUGCAGGGUUGUGUGCAGCGUCUGACCUGAACUGUUGCUGAUGAUGUUUUUUUUGUUUUGUUUUGUUUUUUUUAAAUAAAGGUUUGACUGAACCA